UUCGCUCGCUGUCAGAACUGGAGAAGGCGAGGAACGAAACGAACUGUUCAUUGCCGUCUGUAGGCUGUGGAAACGGCAUUUCAGGUAGCUAACUGUGCGAGCCGAACCGAGACUGAUUGGACCUCGAGCCCGCAACGGAGAGGAGGAAAGAGGAGAGAAUUGACGAAGACCUUGAUAUCCAAAAUAGCAUUCAGAUUUACACAAAUAUUACACUUUAGUAGCACUGAAACACAAGGCCUGCGAAGAUGGGAGACAAGGCAGGCACCAGAGUCUUCAAGAAGUCCAGUCCCAACUGCAAGCUCACUGUAUACCUGGGAAAGAGAGACUUUGUGGAUCACCUAGACCAUGUAGAUCCAGUGGAUGGAGUGCUACUAAUAGACCCAGAGUACCUAAAAGACCGUAAAGUCUUUGUGACUCUGACCUGUGCGUUCCGGUAUGGCCGUGAGGACCUGGACGUUCUGGGUUUGUCCUUUAGGAAAGACCUCUACAUCUCCACCUUCCAGGCCUUCCCCGCCGCCACCACAGAGGAGGAGCGGAAACCACUCAGCCACCUGCAGGAGAGACUGCUGAAGAAGCUGGGCCAGCACGCACACCCGUUCAACUUCACCAUCCCUCAGAACCUGCCCUGCUCAGUCACUCUACAGCCAGGACCAGAGGACACGGGGAAGGCUUGUGGAGUGGACUUUGAGGUCAGAGCCUUCUGCGCCAGGACUGUAGAGGAGAAAAUACACAAAAGGAACUCUGUGCGUCUGGUGAUCCGUAAGGUGCAGUACGCCCCUGAGAAGCCUGGUCCUCAGCCCAUGGUGGAGACGACGCGAUCCUUCCUACUGUCAGAUAGAUCCCUACAUCUAGAGGCCUCACUGGAUAAAGAGCUCUACUACCAUGGAGAGCCUAUCAGUGUGAAUGUCCAUGUCACCAACAACUCCACCAAAACAGUGAAGAGGGUGAAAAUUUCAGUGCGUCAGUAUGCCGAUAUCUGUCUGUUCAGUACGGCUCAGUACAAGUGUCCUGUUGCACAGGAGGAGGCAGAUGACCAGGUGUCCCCCAGCAGUACGUUCUGUAAGGUGUACACCCUGACUCCCAUGCUCACCAAUAACAGAGAGAAGAGAGGCCUGGCUCUGGACGGGAAGCUGAAGCACGAAGACACCAACCUGGCCUCCAGCACCAUAGUGAAAGAUGUGUCCAAUAAGGAGGUUCUGGGAAUCCUGGUGUCCUACAGAGUCAAGGUCAAACUAGUGGUGUCCCGUGGCGGCGACGUGUCGGUGGAGCUACCUUUUGUCCUGAUGCACCCCAAACCCUCAGACCAACACAUUUCCAGACCUCAAUCAGCCGUCCCAGAAACUGAUGCCCCAGUGGACACUAACCUUAUAGAGUUUGAGACAAAUAAUUUCUCUCAGGAUGAUGACUUUGUGUUCGAGGACUUUGCCCGUCUCCGACUGAAAGGAAUGAAGGACGAUGAGGAUGACCACUUCUGCUAAUUCUCCCUGCCCCAGGACCAGGCACCCAAACCUGGGGAGAGGAGCUAGGCGAGUCACUGGUCUAGCCUCAGCACCAGACAGUAGGCCCAACUCCAGAAAAGGGGUGCAGGAGCACUCAGAUAUUUUUAAAAGCCUCCCCCCCCCUUCUCUUCAUAUUCAAAUUGCUCUCCCAUCUUCUUUCUCCUACAUUUGCGAUGGCAUUGUUAAUUUCAUCUCCUUAGUUUUGUCACUCCUUUUGUUUGAGAAACAGAGAUAAUGAGAGAGAUGGAGAUAUUUAAAGGGCGUGUCGAGUCAACUGUCUCUGUUUUAGGAAAUCAUUCUAUAUGUUUUGGGUCCAUUCGUUGAUUCAGGGUUGAUCUUAUAUGUUCUAUAGGUCCCACAAGCGGUCAGACAGACAGAUAUAUGUUUGUAAUUAAAAAACAUAUCCAAAAUCCCCAGGUUUACCUUAAAUCCCGGUUAGAGGAUUCCGGAUUUCCUGCUUAUUCCCUUCUGAUUCCGGGAUCUUCCAACCGGGAUUUCUGGAAAAUCUGGGAAUUAUUUGAAAAUGUGGGGAAUCUGGAACUUGAAUGUACAGGACUACAUUGCUGCACAACUACUUAGAGGGAACACGAGUUUAAUAGUUUAUGCAAAUGCAUUGUUAUUACAUGGUUAUAACCUGUUAUUACACUGUUAUUACGUUAUUAUCAGUGGUGGAGUGGAGGGUAAACGCACCUAAACGCCAUUUACGCAGAUUUUUUUUUCUCUUCCACCUUUUUGCGGGAAAAUGCAUUGAAAGUAUAGGGAGCAUUUACUUUACUCACCGCCAAUGGUGACCAGCGUUUACCCACCUAUUUAUUUGACCACAACAUGACGGGUCACUAUGCUACAUGAUCAUUGCAGAUUUUCACUUAUCCUUAACACACGCUCAUUACCCAAUUUGUAAUAACUCAAUACUCUAUCCAUUAUGGCAAGUGUAGAACGAUUGCAUAUUGUCACAGUUGAGGGAGUGUGUAAGUGUAGUGCACUCACAGCGAGGAAGGGUUGUGAGUGUAGUGCACUAAGAGUACAGUGAGUGUUUUUAAGCGCAGUGCACUUACACGGAGGGUGCGAGUGUGGUGCACUCAUCGUGAAGAUACGCGGAAUCGUAUGUGCAGACAUUGUGGCCUUUUCUGUUAGGGACUACAUAGGAGACUUCCGGCAUCAACACACACACACACACACGCACACGCACACACACACACACACACACACACACACACACACACACACACACACACACACACACACACACACACACCCUACAUGCAUUGAUUGCCAUGAACACGAUAAAUAACUAUUCUUUUACAUUUAUGAUUUGCCAAAAGUUUAUUAUUUGACAAAGGUCAAAUGGCAUGUCCUGGUUGCAGUUUGAUUGAACCCCACCAUCGAUAAGAUUAGGGCUCAUGCCUAGGAUGUACUGAGCUAGGAUCAGCCCCGGUCCCGUCCAUGUAGUGUUAUUCAUUACGAUCAACCUGGCUAAAACUGAUUAAAAAUCAGCCAAGGAGAUUUUUUUGAUUAGUCACAAAUGUGUGUUCAAUGGCACACCUGGUGUGUGAUAAGCAGUACUGCAGUCUUCUGCAGGUCUCUCGAAUAUACUGUCGAUUCUGGAGAGAAAGUUUGAUGCAGGUUGAAGUUUUCCCCUAAUCACUGAUACACUGAUUAAAACAAUCUGACCGUGUAAUGGUAAAGGUUAGGAUUGAUGGUAGAGUUAUUUGAUCCUAGAUCUGUGGUUAAAGUGCAUCUUCUACCUCAAAUCGGCUAAAUUGAUCAUUGUCCAAUCUCUCAAACUUACCAGCAUCCAACAUUGGCCUCAAUCAUCAGAAUCACCAAUGUUGGGAGGAGUGGAAAGGGCGAUGGGAGGAAAGAGGGGAAAAGCCAGGCACGGGGGAUGGGAGGUAGGGAAAAUAAUGUCGGGAAAAUAAUUAUAUUUUUAUUGUUGUAAUAAUCACCAGAGAUAUGUGUACUUAAAUGUUGCCAUUAUUUUUAUUUUAUUCUAAAGACAUUUUAUUUUUCAUUAUUAAAAAGUCAUAAGUGAUAUAAACUAACCUUAUGCUAAUUCCCUGCUGUAUUCUCUCAACUGCUGUAAAUAUUAUUACUGUAAAUGCAACUCAACAGCCAAUAAGAGUUCACUAUAGAACACUGCAGUCCAAUAAGAGCACAGUUUAUAGGAUAGUCAGACUCCCCAAUCCAGGUUCUCCAGGACCUCUUAGUAUGUUGUUCUUAGUUCUGAACCGGUUUCACAGUUAAAAUUGUGUAAACUGAACUUUAAAAAUUCUACAUCAAUUGAAUGUUGGUUUCACAAGUCCACGUUAAGGUCAAUAAAUAUGUUUUGUAUAGGAAACCGGUAUAACCAGGGGCCCCUCUGGAACAGGAUAUAGAGAGAUACAGUGAAUCCCAAACCACCCCCUCGCCCCUCCCAACUCGCUCUGAGGGCCCUCCGUUGUCGCGUGUUGCUGACGAAACUCCGAGGGUGACGAUGGAAUAAGCAAUAACCCCAUCAACGUUGGGACACACUGAAAUGAAUAAAACAAGCAUGAAAUUCAAGUGAACAAAUCCCCUCUGCCGUUUUACAAGAUAUAAACCUCAGUAACAGUUUAAUUUGGGAGGUAUUUAAUCUUUUACAUGUGUCAAGUCUUGAAAUCAGACAAAAAAAAAACAAACGCAUGUGACAUAUAAUUAGGCACACCUCUACAUUAUUUUGUAUGAAAUUGCGCAAACUCCAAACAUAUCGCAGUGCAUGUUGGGAUUGCACUUCACUCUGAAGCCUGCAGCCUUGUUAUCUGAGAGUCUAAAUAUCCCUUUACACCCUUGGAUCAUUUUCACUCCCUCAGCUUUGGGACACUUGUGCAAAUGGUGGAGGAAAGCGUGAACGCGCAAAUGGAGGGGCGAGGGGGUGAUUUGGGAUUCAGCCAUAGGCUACUGCUGUAGUAUCUAGAUUGCAGACACCCGAUAGGAUAGUACAGAGAAGUACAUUGCAGUCAAUUACGUGUGUCUAUCAUGGUGUGUAGGUGCAGAACAAAGGUAGAUAAGGAGGAUCGAUUGAUGGCAACUUGGCUCACUUAUCAGAUUGGAAAUCACUGUGUUUGAUCAGGUUAUAGAUUUAUAUAACGUAUAAACAUAAAAGAUAAAGUAUCCACCUUGUGUACAGUUUCAGAAGGAUAAGCUUCAACGACAGCAAACCAAGAGUUACAAAUUACUAAGCCAGCAAAUGCAAUGUAACAACAAUGACCACCUCUUCUUAUAUGAUGUAUUUUAAUAUCAGGGCAGAGGUGUGUUUAAAUGGAUUAGAUUGUAACUGUAGCCAUUUUGGUUCAAUGACAAGAAUGUGUUUUUUUCACAACGUGCUGCCUAAUUCAACAACUGUCCAUGGUUAACAAGAGUUAUUGGUCACGUUAACAAAACAUUUUGUACAUUGGUUGGUUUUUACACAUUUGAACGAAACCCAGAUGGUUGAGGUUGUAACAAUUAUAGAAAUAUAAUUACUAGAAAGGAAAUCUGCAUUCAAGUUAAUGUUUUGCUUUUGUGUAAAUAUAUUUCCAGGGGUGUGAUGUCAGUCACAACACAUUGGUUUUGAAGUUUCACAUGAAGGUUAUAAAGGUUCAUAAGAAGGUUACGAAGCUCAUACUCUGUUCGUGUUAUGAAUGGAUCAACGCAUGGCAUGGUAUUCUAACAAUGCACUGCAACAAUAUGGAACAUGUUGUGAUAUUUGUGAUUAGAACUUUUAGAACCUCCAGAAACUCUUAGGGACCAUGUAAACGUUACAAUGAGCUUUUUGGUAACUCUGUACUUUAAGUGGCAUCUUGCGAAGCGUUAUAAAGCCUUAUGAACAUUCACAGCACCGUAGAGGCCAUAGAGGUUUAUUAAACUGUGUAAUUAAGCAGUAAGGCCGUUAUACUGAUAAUAUAUCACAGCUAAGGCUAGGGGCCUCUUGUUUUGUUACUAUGUUAUAUUUACAUGUGCUAUGAAUGUUUAAUAAGGCAUAAGACUUCAUAAGAAACUGCUUCAGGUAGAAGUGUUACCAGCUUUUUUUCUUUUUUUUGUAAAUCUGAAUGGCGAUUGUCCUCAUGUCUAUAAACCAGUGAAGUGUAGAAAAACUUAAAAGUCGAAGUUCAGUAUUUUACAACCAUGGAUUAGUUUUUCCUGGCCCAUAGACUACUUUCAAGGUGAGGAACCAUCUAAAAUAUUCAGUAAAAUACUUAACUUCCCCUUUUUAAAAACAAAUAUUUUAUUUUUGUUCCCUUCAAUCUUAGUUGAGGUAUCUAUCCAUGGAAACGCACGCAAUCAUGUCAAUUUGUAGGCUUGUGUAUUGAGUCAGACAUUUUAUUUUAAGGACAAUUUAAGCUACCACAAAAAUGUAGAUUCAUAGAGAACUAUACUUAAAUGCUACCUGAUACUUUAUCUGUGAAUUAAUUAAAAUUAAGACAAAGUAUAUUGUUAUCAAGGAAACCAAGAUGCUGUAUAAGCAAUGUUAUUUUACUCAAUAAAAUGGAACAAAAUGACAAUGAAAAAAAUGUAAGAUUAUAAAACAAAUUACAUUGGAGAAUAUAUGUCGCUUCUUUAUUUUGUACUGCAUUUUAGAAAAUGUCAAAUAAAAAACUUAACAUA